GACUCACUCUCUGAGAUAUUUUCACCUGGGCGUCUCAGAUCCCGGCUAUGGGAUCCCUGAAUUUAUUUCAGUUGGGUAUGUGGAUUCUCAUCCCGUCACCACGUAUGACAGUGUCUCUCGGUAGAAGGAGCCACAGGCCCCGUGGAUGGCGGAGAACCUGGCGUCUGAUCACUGGGAGAGGUACGCGCAGCUGCUGCGGGGCUGGCGGCAGAUGUUCAAGCUGGAAUUGAAGCGGCAGCAGCGUCACUGCAAUCACUCGGGUUUCCACACUUACCAGAGAAUGAUUGGCUGUGAGUUACUGGAGGAUGGAAACACCACGGGGUUUCCCCAAUAUGCAUAUGACGGACAGGAUUUCAUUAUCUUCAAUAAAGAUACCGUCUCCUGGAUGGCUAUGGAUAAUGUGGUUCACAUCACCAAGUGGGCAUGGGAGGCCGGUCAGCAUGAGCUACAAUAUCAAAAGAAUUGGCUAGAAGAAGAAUGUAUUGCCUGGUUAAAGAGAUUUCUGGAGUACGGGAAAGGUACCCUACAAAGGACAGAGCCCCCACUGGUCAGAGUAAAUCACAAAGAAUUUCCAGGGAUUGCAACUCUUUACUGCAGAGCUCACGGCUUUUACCCCCCAGAAAUUUCCAUGAUCUGGAUGAAAAAUGGGGAAGAAAUUGUCCAAGAAAUGGAUUAUGGAGACAUCCUUCCCAGUGGGGAUGGGACCUAUAAGACAUGGGUGUCAGCUGAGCUGGAUCCUCAGAGCAGCGACCUUUACUCCUGUCAUGUGGAGCACGGCGGUGUCCAUGUGGUUCUUCAGGGUUCCCAGGAAUCGGAAACUAUGCUUCUGGCAAUGAAAGCUGUUGGGUUCAUUGUCCUCACCAUUGCCCUCUCUGGGGUUGGUGUCGUAGCCUGGCAAAGGAGGCCCUGAGGUGAGAGGCCUGUGGAAGGAUCCUAGGAGUUGACAGACUGUCUCUCCACAGCUCCAUUGAGUUUUUUUUUUUUUUAAUAUUUAUUUAUUUGGUUGCACCGGGUCUUAGUUGCGGCAGGCAGUCUCCUCAGCUGUGGUAUGAGAACUCUUAGUUGCGGCAUGCACGUGGGAUCUAGUUCCCUGACCAGGGAUCGAACCCCGGCCCCCUGCAUUGGGAGCGUGGAGUCUUAUCCACUGCGCCACAAGGGAAGUCCCCUCCAUUGAGUUUUAUUUUCUGCACCUGCCACUCUAAGCUCCAUUUAGAAAUGCGUUGGGCCUCACUUUGCAAUCACAGGACCUAGAACACCUCUCUCACCAUAUAGGGAACACACACCACGGAUGAUGCUUGUAAGGAGAGUGGUCUGUUUCACAGGUGGUGCCUGACAUCGACAAAGUAGCACAAUUCCUGUCCAGGUGGACAGUCCUCCUAGAAGUUGGGUCAGAGAAGAUACAGUGACAUCGGUUUGUCUUUUUCCAAGCGAUAUUGUUAUUAUUAAUUACUAUCGACUUUUGAGGGAAUUUUGUCCUUUGUUUCAAAACUUCAGUUAAGUUUUCCCAUUUUGACAAACAUUAUUCUGCUUCAAUCAUAUGGAAGUCACUUUUCUUCUAAAUUCAUCUUUCAACCCAUGAAACGUGGAAGAGAUACCUUUGGAAAAUGGAAUUCAGGGUAAGAAAAAGGGGAAGGAGAAAUGGGAGAGAUAUAGGCUCUUAGUACCUUGGGGAAAAAACUUCAUUCAUUCAGUAAACAUGUGUUAAAUGCCUACUAUGUUCUAAGCACUGUAUUAAAUGCUGGGAUACAGCAAUGCAAAAGACAGACAUGAUCCCUGUUAGAGAGCUUACAGUCUAGUCUUGUAAGGUCAUUCCCCACUUCUGGCCUCACUAGGUGCUCAAGUUGAUCACAGCAUAAUAUUGAUGAGUCCUGGAUAAUGGGUUUGAAGCCAGUGUGGGCCAGGAAUUUGGCUUUGUUUCAUAGCCACAGACUUAAACCUCGAUUCAGGGGAUACCAUGCAAAGCAUGUUACUAGUUCAAAGUAAAACCAACCCUCUACUAGAAAAUUAACUCAGAGUUAAUGGGCCAUUAUGUUUUCUUUAGAAAGUAUAGCACUAAUCCCAAUCCAGCAAGUGAUAGCUGCUGAAGCAAAAAAAAAAUUUUUUUUUCUUUUUAUACAGUGACACACCUCUCUCAAGAAUGAUACGCACCGUGAGUUCCUGCUUUUCAUCUUGCGGAGUUUGUGAAUUUGAGUUAAAGUUUGUCAAGUACUAAGAGAAUCUUGACCAAAGCAAAAUGGAGUUGUCUACCUUCCUACACCAGAUCACUGAUGGGAGAUGGCUAUUUUCCAUUUGUCUUUCCUCUAGGAACCAUGGUCUCCUCUGUCCCAUAUGGACUCAAGUCCAGCGCUCAAAGCUCUUGACCACACCCACAACAGACAUGGACAUUAUAGGAUUAAUUAUUGAUGGCAGACAGAUAGGAGCUACAAAAUGUUAUUUGUUCUUUGGCUCCAAGAGGACUGUCAGCUAUCAGGCUCUUUUGAUGGACUCCUUCAUUACAUUUCCUCUAAAUGUGAAUGCUCUCAUGGCAUAACACUUCCUUAGGUUCCAUUUGUCAACAGUGGUUUGCGGGUAGAUUAGAGAAUCUCAGGGCUGGGAGAAAACUUCAAUCCAGGGCCGGAAAUGUCUUCUCCAAUGCCUUUGCCUUGAGCAUCUAGCCUCCACUUGAAUUCCACCAGUGCACAUCACCUCGUCAAAAAAGGCCUUUCUCUUCUUUCAUGAGAGUGUUGACUAGGCAAGAGCGGUGGGUGCCAGGACUGUGACCCUACACACAGGUUGGACCACCCCGUGAGAGCAGCCAGCCAGUCUCUACGAUGGCCUGUGCACCGGUGUGAUCAUUUUACACCUUCCCUGGCCCGAGAGAAAGCAAAAAGUGCCCUGUUCUUUUGCCAGGCAGCUCUGCCUGGUAGCUUGGCAUCUUGGAAAUAUACCUGGUCAGAUCUGUGGAGGUGAUCUCAUUCUGUCUUUUGUAAGAAAGUAAGAUAAAUAAGUAUCGGACAUUAUCACCUUUAGGAGAAAUACAGAGACUUGAACCCAAUUGCUAUCUUUUAAUGUAAAAAUGAUAGUGUGUCUCAGAAGAGCGUCCAGUUCUAAUUUCUGUCCUUCCUCCGCUGGCUUAUUGUAGAUGGGCCCGACUCCCCUUUAUACAUGUGCUUUUUCUCCAUACAUCUGCCCUGGGAAUAAAUAAAAGCCCCACCGUGAGAAUUAGCAUCCCCUUGAUCCUCCUUACUCUUCCCAACCCCCCAAAAUCCUCACCAUCAUUUACCUCUUGUCCUGCCGUGUGUAGCCACUGGUCCCUGGGUUGACCAUCAGUUAUACAUUCAUCUGUCCCACUUCACUGACUCUGACCGCACACGUCAGCUCUGAUACUCGCUUCAGUGGCCCCAACUUUGACAACUGACUUUGAACAUGUAUGUCAGACUUGACCUUUGCUUUCCCUUGACCAAUGCAUUUGCCCUCUGGCUUUAAUCAUCACAGCCACAGGUGCAGACAUUCUCAGCGUGCUAGGGCAAUUCCUUGCUCCGCUGUCCCCACCUCCUUCCAUGGUUGAAGUUCCCACCCCGUGUCUCUUUACUGGCGCCCGCUGAGUUGCAUAAGAGCACAAUCGUGUUUGUUUAUUUUGCUUUUAGGGUUGCCAUGGGCAAUUGCCAUACCAUCUUUUAAGCAGUGUUGCACUGUGCAGAGAGCAGCUUUAUUUCUGGAAUGGUUUCUUCUUACAAUUAGAAUAGUUAGGACUUAAAAUAUUUUUGGAUGGACACUUACGGUGAUUCAGAUGCUGUAUCUAUAUAAAUGUCUUCUCCAACUGCCUGGUACUCUCAUCAAAGACGUGAACGGUCAAAGCCUUUUUGUGCUCCCAGGGCCUUGCCCUACACUUAACAUCUAAUAAAAAUGUCCACAUGGAUGAAGAGGAGGAGGCAGAGGCAAGGGCAAGGAUGUGGUGAUGAGACCUUCUGUAGUGCAAUUGCAGCAUCUCUGUUUCUCCCUUGGGGAUUUUAUAAUAUAAAGAGAGUUAUCAUAUAAAUAUAAUAUCAAGGGAUGAUUUUCAAUAAUACCUAAAAUUUUGCACCUUCAUUUUACAAGGGGCUCAAGAUUACAUUAUUUCUUAAUAAUUUUAGACUUGAAAUUGAGUUAUUUGUAGUGAGGUGGAUGGACCUAGAGUCUGUCAUACAGAGUGAAGUAAGUCAGAAAGAGAAAAACAAAUACCGUAUGCUAACACAUAUAUAUGGAAUCUAAGGGGAAAAAAAAAAAAAGGUCAUGAAGAACCUAGGGACAAGACGGGAAUAAAGACACAGACCUACUAGAGAAUGGACUUGAGGAUAUGGGGAGGGGGAAGGGUAAGCUGUGACAAAGUGAGAGAGUGGCAUGGACAUGUAUACACUACCAAACAUAAAACAGAUGGCUAGUGGGAAGCAGCCGCAUAGCACAGGGAGGUCAGCUUGGUGCUUUGUGACCACCUAGAGGGGUG